CCUGCACGCGCCGAAUGUCUGCAUGCCUCACAAAGGGACAGACGUAAAAGUCUCAGAGUGCCGCAGGACCAACAUCAGAUCUGAAGACCCACAGAAUCUGAACGGACAAAUGGGCCAGAAUGAGGAGCCCACGGCUGGCCAACAUGAGCACUGCCGGGCGUGCUUCAGGGUGCAGUGCCGGGUCCCACUGGCGCCCCCUGUCUCCUGUGCCACCAUCAGCUGCCAACUGCUCUGUGGCGCCAUCUUCCACCGCUGCAAGGAGGAGGAGCACCGGAUGCUGUGCCCCCGCGAGACAGUGCCCUGCCUGAACGCCGACUAUGGCUGCCCCUUCACCCUGCCUCGCUGCCGGCUCGCCCGCCACCUCCAGGCUUGUCCGGCAAGUCUGGUGACCUGCUCGCUGGACUGGAACCGCUGGCCUGCCACCGAAGCGGAUGCCGCAUUCUGCCGGAGCGUUGUCGCAGACUGCGGGUCUGGAGAGCCCCUGGACCUGGCGGUGGCCCUAAGGGACCAGAGGCUGCUGUUCAGCAACCUGAAGUUGGACGCCCUCUUCCCUGAGCUGAUGCAACCGGCUGAGAUGGUCACAGAGGAGGCACAGAAGGCAGCAAGCAGGGGUCCCAUCAGGGAUGGAGGGUCCUCUGAGCUUGAAGGGGAGCUUCUGGACAUCAGCAAGGAUGCCCCAGAGGUGCAGGAGCUGACCCAGGAGGAACGUGACGCCCUGGCUAAGAGUCGCGAGGUGGCCAGGAUUGAUAACUACAAAGCCUGGGAGAGCAUUUUCAGCAAGGAGCUGCGAGGGUACCAGUGGGAGCCCCAGGAGCAGGCGAGCAGCCUGGCAGUGGGGAAUGGGAACCAAGAAAAAGCAGAACGGAAUACAAGGCAACUGGCAGAAGGUGCCGAAAGCACCCCAAGAAACGGGAGUGCAGGCGCCACAGGCCUGGCCCCCUGGCAGGACGGGGUUCUGGAAAGGCUGGGGAAGGAGGUGAAUAUCGCAGAGUACAACAUGUACCUGGUGCACCAUGGGAGCAUGCUGAUCCACUUCGGGCAGCUGGAGGCCUGCACUCCCAGGGAGAGGGACUUCGUUUAUGGAGCACUGGAGCCCAUCGAAGUGGAGACGGUGCAUAGCUACAGUGUUCCGUCCAGCUAUAGGGCGAAGCGCAGCUUCCUCAAGAAUUCUUCCCUUCGGAUGAAGCGGUCAACCAAAGAGACUGACACGUUUGACCUUGAAGUGUCCGUGGAGGAUAUCCCGAAGUGCGACGAGGUCAAGGCCAUGCUGGUCUGCUCCUUGGAACAGGAGUUGAGGGGACAUCCCAUCAGCAAGACGGUGCCCACGGAUGGCCUCUUUGUGGACAUCGGGACCCAGACCUACGACUUUGCUUCAGCACCGUUCAGGGCAGGGGCUACCCUAGCUGACAUCACAGCCGGCCGGACGCUGAGCCUGCAUGUCCAGAUUCAGGCGGAGUCCGUCACCAGGAGGCACAACAAGGCCAGCUCCAUCUUCACCUUCCUGUGCGGCCAUACCUUCCGGAGAGAUGAGUUCGCCUGGCACUUCCGUAAUGUCCACUCAGACUUGUGCUCGGUGCUGGAUGGAUGGUUCCAGCAGCGCUGCCCGCUGGCCUACCUCGGCUGCACCUACAGACAGACCCGGUUCCAGCCAUCCACUCACAGGGCCACCGUCACCUAUGAUGGGGACUCUGGCACCUUCACAGUCAGGCCGCAGGUGCCGCCGGAGCUGCUCGGGGGGGCCCGCGGCCCGGACGGCCUCAGCAAGCUCCCGUUGGAGGUGCUACAGAGCGUCGCCAGCUACCUGGACAGUUUCAGCCUGUCCCAGCUGUCCCAGGUGUCCCGGUUAAUGAGGGACGUAUGUGCCACACUGCUACAGGACAGGGGAAUGGUUUCUCUGAGGUGGGAGCGGGAGACUGACCCUGAUGGGAAGUCCAGCUGGAGGAACAGAGUAAAGGUGUGGCAGUUCAGCAGCUCCUUCAGCGCCGUGCAGCAGUGGCGCUUCGAUGACAUGCCCUCCAUGGCGGAGCACCUCCGGGCCUGUCCCUUCUACGAGACGGAGGAGAGGAGCCGGCCGGUGGCCCUGGUGGGCUUGAGCGACGGCCCCGUCUGUCUCCCAGCGUCCGCGCUCAGCUUAUCUGGAUCUCCAGAGCCCUAACUGUAUAAGUGGCUAUUGAGAAUGAUUUUAUUCACUUAGCAGACGCUCUCAGCCAGAGCGACUCAAAAAAAUAUGUAAUAGAGUCAGUGCGUCAACAAUGGGCAGCAGUGAAAACACACUGAUAACAUUUACAAUGAGUGACGUGCAAUAUUAGCCCGUAAUGUUUAAAGUGGCUUGCAGUACAAAGCCAUUAGCUCUCCUUAGCGCUGAAGGGUACUUGUGGUUUGCAUAUCGGAGUUCCCGGGUAGAUCAGGAAACUGCAGGAUUGGCGAACUCCAUACAGGUGGCCAUGAACCACGAAGCUGUCACUGCCGAAACGCUGUGUGUGGAGAUACGCCGGUGUGUGUGAAUAGAGAACGAUCCGCAUCUGAAUGCCUGUUUGAGGGAAUCAUUCCCUGCUUUUGAAUGAAUGAGUUACUGCGGUUGCGAACGAUGAAGCGAUGCCUUCGGGAAUCCACGGAGCGGCAAGGACGAGAGGAUCCAUUUAACCGUAUUUCUGUACGUGUCAAGUUCUCAUCAGGGGAUGUUUAAUACUUUGUUAUUCAGCUUGGACUCUGCGUCAUUUUACGAAUUGAUUGCUAUCUUAUAUCUGUUUGUAUAAGUGAUGCCUUAAUGGUCCGCAUCUCACAUGAUAGAUUCAACGCAAGAUAAAUCACUCCUUUCUAUUUGACGGCCUCGUUAAUGACCACAUGCACUGCAGAGAGACAGACUGAUAAAACCAACUGUAUGUUUCAAUUUAAAAAACACUAUUACUGGGUUACUGGUUUAUUGAGCUAAAUAAGUUAGUCAAACACUUCGGAUUUCUUCUGUGUGGGUGUGUAAAAUAAAAAUAAAAAUGAUCCCAGUACAA